UAAAGAAGAAUCCUACCUUUGAAUAGGAAGAACACGCUUCGCAGAAGUGCAUUUCCGCAUCUGCUCAGAGCAAGUGGUGAGCCAAAUCCACAGCCACUAACUGAGAGCAGCCGAUAAUGGCGGCCCAAAUCUUCAGAACACUCACUGCCAAACCCCUCGUCGCAUCCGCCCUUCUACGCCGCACCACAACCACCUCAGCUCAGUAUGUAGCCUCCAGAGCCCGAGAUCCCACCUUCGAAAAGCUCAUGGAGAAAUACAAGAUCCUCCUCAAAGCGAUCGCCAUCCAGGACCUCAUUCUUGCCUCAACCUCCGACCCACCCUCCGUUUCCCUCGACUUCCUCCAUCGUCUCUCCCAGAAACUUCACCUUAACCGGGGCCCAGCCGCCUUCCUCCGGAAGUACCCCCACAUCUUCCACAUUUUUCACAACCCCGAAAAACUCCAGCCUUUCUGCUCCCUCACUCCCGCCGCCCUACAAGUCAUCCGUCAAGAGUCUGAGGCUAUUGAGGACUCAUUGCCACUUGUAGUCACGAGAUUGGUAAAGCUUCUCUCCAUGUCAAUGACUAAAAAGCUGCCUCUUCGAGCCCUUUUUAAGGUAUGGAGAGAAUUGGGCCUCCCCGAUGACUUUGAGGACUCUGUUAUUGCAAAAAAUUUUGACCUCUUUUCGCUUGCCGAUGGAAAUGAGCCCAAUACUCAUGUUUUAAGGCUCAAUUCUUGUGAAGUGCCAAAGGAUUGUUUGGUUCCCGCUGUCGAAAAAUGGAGGGUUGAAGAAUGUUGUAAAGAGGAUUGUAGUGUGGAUAGGACUGAAUUGAAGUAUAGAUUUAAACACGUGUUUCCACCAGGGAUGCGUUUGACAAAGAAUUUUAAGGCGAAAGUAAAGGAAUGGCAGAGCUUACCGUAUAUUGGGCCAUAUGAGGAAAUGGGUUUGGUGGAGAAAAAGAGGAGUAAGAGUGGAAUGAUGAGAGUGGAAAAGCGGGCAGUGGGGAUUGUGCAUGAGUUCUUGAGCUUGACUGUGGAGAAGAUGGUGGAGGUAGAAAAGAUUAGUCAUUUUAGGAAAUGGUUUGGAAUUGAAUUGAAUAUUAGGGAUUUGUUCCUGGAUCAUCCUGGGAUGUUCUAUUUGUCGACCAAAGGGAAGAGACACACAGUGUUUCUGAGGGAGGCAUAUGAGAGGGGAUGCUUGGUUGAGCCAAAUCCAGUUUAUGAGGCUCGGAGGAAGCUUCUUUAUCUUGUUGCUUUAGGGUGUCGUGGCUUGGACAGAGGGGGUAGUGAGUUGAAGAUUGUGGAGAGUGACGGAAACAGAGUGAAAGAAGUGAAGAAUGAUUGAGCUAGUGAAUUAGAGAAGUGAGUCGUUUGAGGUCUCUAUUGAAUGAAUGAUUUGCUAAGUGACAACAGUGCAUCUAGGAGGAUAAGAAUUGAAGGUCCAUAAUAAGAUGCCACGAGGAGUUCGAUCAAAGGGAACCCAUAAUGCACAAAUGGACCAGAAGUUGGGAUAUGCUUCUGUCCUCAGAGUCAUGCAGAACUGUGGACCUUCGAAAGAAGACAGGAGCUUGCUAGAAGAAUUCUCGUGGGUGUGUUAUAUGAUGUGGAGAAGAUUCUUGAUUUUAAGGGUUAAAGUUGACUUCCGGUAAUUCAGAGGGAUGAGGGACCCUAAGCUGGUCUCGCGUUGAGUUUGCUUAUGACUCUAGUGAAGUUCCUGCCUUGUCUAUUCUAUCGGGAAAGAUCCGCAGGGUGGGCUGCCUGCAAGAAGCUGAAUAGUUCUCUUCAAUUGUUGCAGUGUUAAAUUCUGAUAAAGCUAACCAGAGAACAAGAAAAUACUAAAGAAAUUUGUAAUAUCUUGCAAAUUAAAACAAUACCGUGGUCUUAUUCAAAAACUGAAAUGAAUUGCAAGCACUGUUGAGGAAAGUGAUCUAGCCCAGUCCAAUUUUAUAAAAUUUAUAAUGUUAUAGAAUCUUUUCCUUUGCUACCUUUUGGCAAGUUUAUUGUUGUUUGGCUGUUAUUUAUUUACUCAAUGGCUGGACCACCAUGGAGUGAAUAGGUUGUGGUUACAUUUUCAUUAUGUACUGGAAAUGUAUCAUUGUAUAUAAAAUGAAGGUUAAGACUCAUUUGUUUUAAUGCAGAGAUAAAAUUUUGA